AUGCCUUCACCUUUAGAGGCCUCCACGUCUGCUAGCCCAUCGCCUAAAUCUGCGAGUGACCAUGAGGAUGGUGCUACACAGGAACCCGAGGAAACAGAGACUUCCGCACACUCUGCCACAACUUUUGAAGACCUUGGAGUCAUUCCACCAUUGCUUGAGGCUUUGAAAGGACUGAAGUUCACACAACCUACGGAAAUUCAGGCUAAAGCAAUACCUUCGGCAUUGAGUGGGAAGGAUAUCAUUGGUGUAGCAGAGACUGGUUCUGGAAAAACCGCAGCCUUUGCGCUUCCUAUCUUGCAGAAGCUUUGGGAUAAUCCCAAACCAUACUUCGCAUGUGUCCUCGCCCCCACGCGCGAACUUGCGUACCAGAUCUCGAAUCAGUUUGAGGCCCUUGGUUCCGCCAUAGGUGUUCGCUGUGCUGUCAUUAUUGGCGGUAUGGACAUAAUGGAACAGAGUAUUUCCCUGACAAAACGGCCGCAUAUCAUAAUUGCCACACCAGGACGCCUUCAGGAUCAUUUGGAAGGCCGAACAAAGGGGUUUUCGUUGCGAUCACUCCAGUAUCUCGUCCUCGAUGAAGCAGACAGACUCUUGGAUCUGGAUUUUGGACCCAUUAUCGAGAAGCUAGUCGUGUCACUUCCGAUGGAGCGGCACACUUUCCUUUUUUCGGCAACGAUGACGACCAAAGUUGCAAAGCUGCAGCAUGCAUGCCUGAGAAAUCCCAUGCGCAUCGAGGCCUCUACAAAGUAUCAGACAGCAUCAAACCUUAUUCAACACUACUUAUUCAUCCCCUUCGCACAAAAAGAUGUGCAUCUCGUUUAUCUACUUACUACGCUUGCGAAAAGUCCUAUUAUUGUCUUCACAAGAACUGUUCACGACACUCAGCGGUUAUCUCUGCUAGUUCGAAGUCUUGGGUUGUCUGCGAUACCCAUUCAUGGUCAACUCGAUCAAGCCGCGCGUCUCGCCGCUCUAACAAAAUUCCGUUCUGGGGGAAGGAACGUCCUCUUUGCCACGGACGUGGCGUCUCGUGGUAUUGACAUUCCGUCAGUCGACUUUGUUUUCAACUAUGACAUUCCACAGCAUUCUAAGGACUACGUGCACCGAGUGGGGCGGACAGCGAGAGCAGGACGUGCUGGAAAGAGUAUCACCUUCGUGAGCCAAUACGAUGUAGAGCUGUUACAGCGAAUCGAAAGUGUCACUGGGAAGAAAAUGACUGAAUGGGUUGUAGAUAAGGAUGAGGUAGCCGCCUUGAGGGAACGAGUGGGCGAGGCUCAGCGGGCAGUGACAAAGCAGAUGAAGGAGGAAAAGGAGGAGGGGAAGGGAGGGGGAAAAGGAGGUCGGAAGAGGAAACGGGAGAGUAAGCGGGAUGCAAUGGACCGCGAUGAUGAUCAACACGAAGCGGGAUUGCCGAACGCCAAGAAGGUAUUCAGAAAGCGUAAAUAUUGAUUGUGAAUCAGCCAUUUUAUCAUUGAGGUAUCGAUCUUUUACAAUGCCUGAGUGUAUUUCCUGGUUGAGUUGCCAUACGAUGCAAGUGGAGAACACAAAACGUAACAUGGCCCGAUCACGUUUCAGCCUUCAUAACGGUACGCCACCAUGGCAUCUAUCCUAUGCAAGCUCGUAUCGAAGCUCUUGAGCUUAACUGUCUGCGUCUUUCCAGCCUCAAUCAGGUGGCCAUGAGUGUCACGCCAUUCUUCGACGGGAACUUCAGCAUUUUCUUCGGUAUAGGCCAGGAUGUCGAAAAU